GCCAACGGCAAGGUCUCCUGUGCCCUGGACGAUCAGCUCGUCUUCUCCCUGCGCCCAGCCUAUAAGAAUUACUACGAGCUGGUGACCGUGAGUGCCCUGGACCGCGAGGAGACGGCUCAGUACAUGCUGACGGUGACAGCAGCAGACGCGGGCUCCCCUCCUCUGACGAGCAGCCACACCUUCACCGUGGCCAUCUCGGACGUCAAUGACAACGCCCCUGUCUUCAACCAGAGCUCGUACACCAUGUACGUGCGGGAGAACAACGCGCCCAGCGUGCUGGUUGGAGCCGUGAGCGCUGCAGAUGCCGACGUGGGGCUCAACGCCAAGGUGACCUAUUCGCUGUCAGCGGGGCAAGCGGCGGAGCGGCCUUGGUGCUCGUGCCUGUCGGUGAACUCGGAGAGCGGGCAGGUGUUUGUGCUGCGAGCCCUGGACUACGAGCAGCUGAGGCAGAGCGAGGUGGUGGUGAGCGCCUCUGACGCGGGCUCUCCUCCCCUGCGAGCCAACGUCACCGUCCGCCUGCUGGUGCUGGACGAGAACGACAACGCCCCGCUCGUGCUGUACCCGGCGCCCGACAGCGGCCCGGCCUCCAGCGAGCUGGUGCCCGUGUCGGCUGAGGCGGGCUACCUCGUCUCCAAAGUGGUGGCCGUCGAUGCCGACUCGGGGCAGAACUCGUGGCUCUCCUACCACCUGCUCAGGGCCACCGACCCCGGGCUCUUUGCCGUGGCUGCCCAAAGCGGCGAGGUGAGGCUCAGGAGGCCGCUGACAGACAGAGACAGCGUCAAGCACAAGCUCGUCGUCCUGGUGCGAGACAACGGCCGCCCACCCCUCUCAGCCACCGCCGCUCUCAGCGCACUCCUGCUCAAGGACUUCUCCGACCUGCGCCAAGCGCACAGCAGCCCGGCCACCGACGACCAGCCCGGCUCCCUCACCACCUACUUAAUCCUCGCCUUGGUCUUCGUCUCCCUGCUCUUCCUCGGCUCCACAGCAGCCUUCGUGGCUCGCGGGCUGUGCAAGAGAAAGGAGCUGAAGGCUGGCCACGUGCUUUACGGGGCCGACAACUUGCCCAGCGGCCUGGCCGAGGCAGCUGCUGCAGGGACCCUGCCCCACCCCUACUGCUACGAG